UAUCGCGUUAGUUUGCAUGACGCACUGAGAAAAACAAAACAGAACAAGAAUAGAAGUACUUUUUAAUCGUAUCAAGGAUCAAACCUUCAACAGUCAUGUCUGAUGUCAGUGACCUUGAUAGGCAAAUAGAACUGCUACGUCAGUGUAAGAUAAUAAAAGAAAGUGAAGUUAAAUCCCUGUGUGCCAAGGCCCGGGAAAUUCUAGUCGAGGAGAGCAAUGUACAGAGGGUGGAUUCACCUGUCACAGUGUGUGGGGAUAUUCACGGCCAGUUUUAUGAUUUGAAAGAGCUUUUCAAAGUAGGAGGGGAUGUUCCUGACACUAACUAUCUUUUCAUGGGAGACUUCGUCGACAGAGGCUUCUAUAGUGUAGAAACUUUCCUUCUUCUUUUAGCAUUAAAGGUCCGAUAUCCAGACAGAAUAACUCUUAUACGGGGUAAUCAUGAAAGUAGACAGAUCACACAGGUGUACGGAUUUUAUGAUGAAUGUUUACGGAAGUAUGGGUCUGUCACAGUUUGGCGCUACUGCACAGAAAUAUUUGAUUACCUCAGCCUCUCUGCCAUAAUAGAUGGAAAGAUAUUCUGUGUACAUGGAGGCCUGUCCCCAUCCAUUCAGACCCUGGACCAAAUCCGGUCAAUAGACAGGAAACAGGAGGUGCCCCAUGACGGGCCCAUGUGUGACCUGCUCUGGUCAGACCCUGAAGACAUGCAGGGUUGGGGUGUGAGCCCGCGCGGGGCUGGGUACCUGUUCGGUAGUGAUGUUGUCUCGCAGUUCAACACGGCAAACAAUGUGGACCUGAUCUGUCGAGCACAUCAGCUUGUUAUGGAGGGAUACAAGUGGCAUUUCAACGAGACUGUGCUCACUGUCUGGUCCGCACCAAACUACUGCUACAGAUGCGGCAAUGUAGCUGCAAUACUAGAGUUAGAUGAACAUUUACAGAGAGAUUUUACUAUAUUUGAAGCUGCUCCUCAGGAGCUUCGAGGAAUACCUACCAAAAAGCCCCAGCCAGACUAUUUCUUAUAAACGCAACAAAGCCUUCGUACAGAGAGCAACAUGUGAUAGGUGGCAAGAGACUGGUGCCAGGUUGGCAGACUGGUUUAAGGUGUUCAGACUGUGUUUUAAGCUAAAAACGUCUCAAUCUGUCUAUUAAAGGUUUUAUCUGGGAAGUCAAAAACAUUCAAAUGAUUGCCAGUAAGUGAUAGCACAGUAUUGUGUAUUUCACUGCAUUUCACUGUAUUAUUUAUGAAAAUAUUUUAGUAAUAAAUAUUCUGAUAAAUUCCAAUUAAAUUUCACCUUUAGUUACUUAUUUUCUCUGGCAAUACUUUGAUGUGUAUUGAUUUUAAGCGGAUUACUAAAUGUGCAUAAUCAAUUCAAGAUUAGGCUAAUCAUUCAUGAUUGAUCAGACUAAAUUAAAUGUGUAUGUACAUUUUUAUUGAAGUUUGAAAAUACACAAAGGUACAUUUAAGUAUUAUGAAUAUAAGUGUGGUUAUACCGUACAUGUAUGUUUUUUUAGGAAUGAUAUUGUAUCAAAGUAUUGUUUAAAAAAAUUGAAAGGAUUCAGUCAUUUAUGGUGUUUUCAAAAGUUGAUAUUUAUUGCAAGUAAUUUUGUAAUUUUAAUUAACCAAUUGUAUUUUCAAUUUCCUAAUAGAAUAAUUUUGCCUUAUUGAUUCCACUGGAGGGAAUAUAAGACUGUAUUCAGAUAAAGGAAAUGCUGGUCAUUUUUACAUUGAUAAUGUUACAUAAAUAGUGUACUUAAACAUCCUUGUCAUCACUUACAGAUGUAUGUAUCAAAGAAUCCCAAUGCAGACUUUGUAGUAUUUUAGUUCAUUGAAGAUGUGUUUAAUUGUUGUUUGACAUAUUUUAAUUUAACAUUGUGUAAAUCAAAUAUGUGACAUAUUUGAAUUUGUAUUUUAUGAAGAUCCUCAUGAUGUUAAUUUGUAAAUAUUUUCAUUUAAUUUACUUUAUUUCAAUUAAAACUAUUUUCAGUUACUAUGUUUUCUAAGUUGUAUGUUUAAGUACAUGUGUUCUUGUAAAUAUAAAGAAGGGCCAUUUGUUUGAAUCUGUCAUCUUACUGAUUUUAUUCUCAUGUGUGGUAUUAGUAAUAUGAUCAAAUAAAAGCAUCAAAGAGUAUGAACACAUA